GAGAGAGAAGGAGGGAAACAGUGUGAAGGUUUUUUGAGGUCACACAGGAGAGAUUACAGCUGACAACCACUAGAUGGAGGAGUUCAUUGUGCAUUCAGCUCACUGGAUCAUCACCAGUGUGUGUUUACCUCUUUAUCAUCUCACCUGUUUAACUGUUUAUCACACAUCACCACACCUGACUACCUGUUCAUCACAUCCUCCCACAUGACUACCUGCUCAUCACAUCAUCUCACCUGACUACCUGCUUAUCAUACAUUACACCUGACUACCUGUUUAUCACACAUCAUCACACCUGACUACCUGAUCAUCACAAUAUCAUACCUCACUACCUGUUUAUCACACAUCAUCACACCUGACUACCUGAUCAUCACAAUAUCAUACCUCACUACCUGUUUAUCACACAUCAUCACACCUGACUACCUGAUCAUCACAAUAUCAUACCUCACUACCUGUUCAUCACACAUUACACCUGACUAUCAAAUAUCAUCCCACAUGACUACCUGUUCAUCACAUCAUCAUACCUGACUACCUGUUUGUCACAUAUCAUCCCACAUGACUACCUGUUCAUCACAUCAUCAUACCUGACUACCUGUUUGUCACAUAUCAUCCCACAUGACUACCUGUUCAUCACAUCAUCAUACCUGAUUACCUAUUUAUUAUCACUCCUGGGCCCUGUUUCAGAGAGCAAGUUUAGUGAAAAAUCUUAGUUAGUUAACCCUGAGAUAAGGGAAACUCGGUGAACCUAACCUGCUUGGUCGCAGGUUUUCUUCAACAAACCCUGAGUUACUCUUUAUCUCCUCUCUCUGACAGAGCCAGACAUACGGUUUUAUUUCCUCAUUGAUGCAGUUCAAAUCAAAGUGCGCAUUGAAGUGCAUUGAUUACUGUGGUGGUUAAUUGUAUGUUAGAAUCUAAAUCCUGGUUGGAUAUUAGUUUGUUACUCAGGACUAUCUAAAGUUACCACUUUUAUGCGCUGUCACUCAUUUCUUUAAACAGCAAUUUUUGCCCUCACAUUCAAAUAUCACACAGCAUCAAAUCACCUCUAAUCUCUAUAUACAGAUAUCUAUAUAUGUAUGCUUUAUGCUUUAUGCUUUAUCUUCGUCAGAUGAUAACCAAUAGGGUCACCCCAGCUCGGAAUAAAACCUUGGCCUGUCCUUCUUUUUGCACAAGUGGUAGUUCUUUUUUUUUUUACUCAUAAUGGAAUUGGUCCCAUUAACAGAACAUCAUAUAAUACUGGAGGCUACAUGUUACUAAUUAUGAUGAGCAGGAUUGUGGUGCAGCUGCAGAAUGACAUUGAAGUUUUGUUUUUUUAAAUAGGCUGUGUAUAGUCUGAACGUGUUUUAACAGAAUUUCAGGGGCUGUUUUAUUAUUUACAACACUCGUUAAAGUAGCUGAAAUAAAGCCACUGAAUUCUGUUGGGCCAAAGAAAGUCUAAAAUUUGAAAUCUAAUGUAGAUUGAUCUCCGCGCCUUUCAAGUGCAAAUCGCCAAACACAUUAUUACUGGAUUAGAUUGUGAGUAUACAGCAUGGUAUACAGUCAUGCCUUUGUUUUUGUUAUGAAUGUAUAUAUCUUUAAAAUCUUCAACUAUAUUUUACAUCUUCAGUUACUGGCCCCAUUUUGUCCCUGUCAGAUUAAAGCUGUAGGCUACAAAUAUAUUUAAAUCUGUCUAAUGAUUAAUUAAUGCAUCACCUGUUCAUCACACAUCAUCUCACCUGACUACCUGUUUAUUAGGGUGGUAACGAUCCAUCGAUCUGGAUCAAUAAAUCAAUUCAGUGAUCAACAAUCCAAUAUCAUUAAUGCACAGGGAAAACAUCCAUCCUUAUCAUCAUCUCUAGGAUAUGCUUUUAUUUUGGAAGUCUGUGUCACCAUCAGACGGCAACAGGCAAAUGGUAAGCAGUUAAGAGAAAUAAGCUUUUUUUCCCUCCGUUUUCGCAGGUGGACUGUGAGCUGAGCUGAACUUUGCAGCUUCCAAACUUCUGAGGAGAGAACGAGAGAGGAGAAAGACAAAGACAAUAAGACGGAGAGGAGGCAGAGGAAGGAGGAAAGGUGAAUCUUAAACAGAAGAAGACUUUUCUUUCAUCAACCAGGACUGAAUUUUUUUGGUUAGACACUUUCAGACAAAACUCGACUUUCUUCAUUUUUUCUGACUCCGCCUGAGCAUCCACAUCCGGCAGCAUCACCAAAUCCAGCCUGGCAGCCAGUCAGGUAUCUCCUGCCAUCAUGUCUGUCUUACCUCUGCUCAGCUGGACCGUCCUGCUGCUGGUCCAGAACUGCGGCUCGUUCUUGGACCCGGCGUCCAAACUUCAGCCUCUGCCGCUCUCACUGACCAUCCAUCCUCACCACCAGCCACUGCCGGAUGCUGCCUCCAGCUCCCACUGCCCCUCCUGCGCCCUGGCCAGGAUGAGGAGAAAUGAAGGGGGCACGUCGGACGACAUGGUGGCGCAUGACCAAGAAGACGAGGCGGCCCAGCAGGAUGUGGUGGAAGCGGUGAAGAGGCACAUCCUCAACAUGCUGCACCUCCAAGCCCGGCCGAACAUCACGCGGCCUGUGCCGCGCGCCGCGCUCCUCAACGCCCUGCGCAAGCUCCACGUGGGGCGAGUGGCAGAGGACGGCAGUGUGCAGAUCGAGGGGGAGGAGGAGGCGCGAGGGCGGGGAGGUCGGGGAGGAGGGGGAGGAGCGGCCGCGGCAGCAGUUCGGACAGUAGACAGCGCAGACGCGCAGGAGACGACGGAGAUCAUCACCUUUGCCGAGGCUGGUGACUCUCAGGGAAUGGUGAACUUCGUCCUCUCUAAAGAAGGAAGUGAUCUCUCUCUGGUGGAGCAGGCAAAUGUCUGGCUGUUCCUCCGUUUGGCGAAGACAAACCGCAGCCGUGCAAAAGUCACCAUCCGCCUCUUCCAGCAGCGCCGGCUACCCAAUGGACGCUCGUCUUUGCCGCAGGAUGACAUUCUCCUGGCGGAGAAAACUGUGGACACACGUCGCAGUGGCUGGCACACCUUCCCGGUGUCAGCGGCGGUGCAGGCACUGCUGGAGAGUGCCGAGAGCACGACGCUGAGCCUCAGGGUCUCCUGCCCGCUCUGCGCAGAUGCUGGUGCAACGCUGGUCCUGGUCUCCAGUGGCUCUGAGACAUCACAGCGCGCCAACCAGCGGGAACAAUCCCACCGGCCCUUCCUCAUGGCCGUGGUUCGGCAGGAGGACGCCAGUGACUCGCGGCGGCGCAGGAAGCGUGGGCUGGAGUGUGACGGGAAAGUCCGUGUCUGCUGUAAACGGCAGUUCUACGUCAACUUCAAAGACAUUGGCUGGAACGACUGGAUAAUUGCGCCUCCCGGUUACCACGCCAACUACUGUGAGGGGGAGUGCCCCUCCCAUGUGGCGAGUAUUACCGGGUCCACGUUGUCCUUCCACUCCACUGUCAUCAGCCACUAUCGCAUGAGGGGCUAUAGCCCCUUCCAGAACCUGAGGUCAUGCUGCGUUCCCACUCGGCUACGAGCCAUGUCCAUGCUCUACUACAACGAGGAGCAGAAGAUCAUCAAGAAGGACAUCCAGAACAUGAUCGUGGAGGAGUGCGGCUGCUCGUAAAUAUUAAAAUCUGAGCCGGGUCGAUCCGGAACGAACUGGACUGGAGAGGUGCAGACAGGUGGAGGACUGUAGAACCCAGAGAGAGAGAGAGAUGCUGGGAGGAGAUGGAGGAAGGAGAGGAAGAUGAGCAGGUGACUUUGUGAGCAUUAUCACUUUUAUCUCCAGCAUUUCAUUCUUCACCUCCUCCCUCCAUCCGCCCAUCACUUGGGGUCGCUCUCUUGGAACAAAAACUUGUCUCCGUCCUCAUCCAGCAGAACUCAGAAAGAGUCUCAAAGGCACUUUCAGAAAAAAAAAGAAAAAAGAUAGAAAAAAAGAAUAUCUAAUAUAUUUUUGUUACAAAAGGAGGGAGCGAGGCUUAUUUAUGUGGCUGAGACGUUCAAGCACCACUCGACCUGUCAGACCGUGGAGAGACGAGGUGCCUGAAAAACUACUAACAACAAAAUCUCAAAACUAUGCAACUUGUUUCACGUAUUACAAUCUAAUUUUACUUUGUCUUGUCUUUGUUUCCCAUCUGUUUACUUUUUUCAAAAUGUAUGAGGAGGACAGAAGAAGACACUUUUGUAUUAUUUUUUUGGAAGUUUAAAUUUGUGGUGUGUGUGUGUGUGUGUGUGUGUGUGUGUGUGUGUGUGUGU